UUUUGAAGUGAGGGUGAUGAAUCACAACCACCAAUAAUAAGCUCCAAACUGAUUGACUAGAGAGCUAGAACUCCAUCUCCAUCUCCAUCAUCAUCAAUGGCUACUCCCAUGGAAUCCCUUGCUCUUGCUACAGAUUCUGAUGAUGUAGUGUUCUUAAUGGUGCCAUUUCCAGCCCAAAGCCACCUCAACCAGCUCCUCCGUCUUUCUCACCUCAUCCGCUCCCGUGGCUUCCCCGUUCACUACGCCGCCACCGCCGUCCACUGCCGCCAGGCCAAACUCCGGCACGAGAACGACACUCUCCUCCUGAAUACUUCCGGAAUCACAUUCCACGAAUUACCCACACCCCCUUUUAACUCUCCUCCUCCUUCCGAACCAUACUCCUUUGUCAAAUUCCCUCAACAUCUCUGGCCCUCUUUCGAAGCCUCCUUGAAUCUGCGCCAACCUGUCGCUGCAUUGCUACGGGAACUUUCCUCCUCCUCCUCGGUGGAUACAACUACAACUAGAACUAGAAGACUCGUGGUCAUCCACGACUACAUGAUGAGUUACGUCGUCCAGGAUGUUGCCUCUGUUCCGAAUGCAGAGUCCUAUUCUUUCGAUUGUGGCUCCACAUUCUGCAACUUCUCUUUAACCUGCCAGUUCUCCGGGAAACCUUUCCCGGUGGCCCAGCUGGAGCCCGAGGCCAUCCCGACUCUAGACAAUUGCACCAUCCCAGAGUUCACAAAGCUUUUUGUUAUUCAGACUCAAUUUAAUCAUCUAAGUCAUGGCAAACUAUUCAACACAUGUCGACCAAUCGAGGUCCCUUACCUCGACCUUCUAGCCGACGCAGCCGUUGACAACAACAACAACAACAAGCAAUGGGCGAUUGCGCCGACACCAUUGCUCCCAGCAGUUACAGCAAACCAUCACCCAACCUUGGAAUGGCUAGAUAAACAACCACCAAGAUCUGUGAUAUACGUAUCAUUUGGAUCAUUAACAACCAUGAGCCAACAACAGGUCAAUGAGCUGGCUCUAGGGUUGGAAGAAAGUAAACAGAGGUUCCUAUGGGUGUUGAGAGAUGCCGACAGAGUAGACAUAUUCAACGCUGAAUCCACAAUCCUUCAGCUGCCGGAAGGGUUCGAGGAGCGGGUGAAAGGGUUGGGAAAGGUGACCAGAGAUUGGGCUCCUCAGCUAGGGAUUCUCCGGCACCCGUCGGUUGGGGGAUUUAUGAGCCACUGCGGCUGGAACUCAUGCCUAGAGAGCCUUACCAUGGGCGUGCCAUUGGCUACAUGGCCAAUGCACUCCGACCAGCCGUAUAACGCCUUACUCAUCACCCACAUACUCAAAGUUGGAGUUCCGGUCAUAGGCUGGGGAGAACGCGAUGAACUAGUGACCUCAUCCGCCAUUAAGAAAAGCAUUGAAAGUUUGAUGGCAUCUAGUGAUGAAGGACAUGCGGUUAGAACAAGAGCUGAAGAACUGAGCAAAGUUAUCAAGCAAUCCGCAGAGGACAACGACAAUGAGUUGGAUUCUUUCCUAGCUUACGCGGCCAGAUGAUGGAUAAUAAUAAUUAAUAAUCUUGGAAGUUUCUCCCCAAAACUUGAUUAGAUGUACCUUAACAUGUCAUUUAUGAUUAUGUGAAGUUCAUUGCAACAAAUCUAAAUUAUUUUUAGAUUGAACUUAAAAGACCUUUUUACA